GCAGAUCUUCCGAUGCAUUGAAAGUUACCGAGAAACAUCAACUUUUUUGAUAAUGAUCUGGGAAUAUUAAUUCCUCUCUGCAUCUGGGUGCGAUCGCAACGGAGAUAGAGAAUUAGUGGAUCUACGGCAAGAUCACACAACAGAGAUGUAGUCUCUGUUCACAGUUGUCCGUAGACGCCCCCUACCCACCAUGCUGUUCUUCCUGUUGCUGGUCUUGCAAGGCAAUGCACAUGCCCAGAUAGACCCAGCACACUGCCGCUACCCUCUUGGCAUGGAGGAUGGCAGGAUCAAGGACGAUGACAUCACUGCCUCCAGCCAAUGGUAUGAGACCACAGGGCCACAGUAUGCCAGGCUCAAUCGAGAGGAAGGAGAUGGGGCGUGGUGCCCGGCUGGCCUCCUGCAGCCCUCUGACGUCCAGUUCCUGCAGCUAGAUCUGCGUCAGCUGACCUUCAUCACCGUGGUGGGCACUCAGGGUCGACAUGCCCACGGCACAGGCAACGAGUUUGCCCGCAUGUAUCGCCUGGACUACAGCCGUGACGGUGAAACCUGGAAAUCCUGGAAGAAUCGUCUCGGCAACAAGAUAAUGGAGGCCAAUGAUAACGCCUAUGCCUCAGUGAUUAAGGACCUGCACCCCCCUAUCAUCGCCCGCUACCUGCGCCUUAUUCCCGUCACCAAGCUGCCCACCACUGUAUGCAUGAGGGUGGAGCUGUAUGGAUGUCCUUGGCAUGAUGGCCUGACAGCAUACAGCUCUCCGGAGGGGCAGGUGAUGGCAGCACCUGGCUAUCCAAUCUCCAACCUUAAUGACUCCACUUACGACGGCUACCAUGAGCGCCGGAAACUGUUUGGGGGACUGGGCCAGCUGACUGACGGUGUGAUCGGACAGGACGACUUCCUCUUGACUCGCCAGUACCACGUGUGGCCUGGCUACGACUAUGUGGGCUGGAGGAAUGAGAGCCUAGGCCCUGGCUAUGUGGAGAUGGAGUUUGUGUUUGACAGGCCACGCAACUUCACCUCAAUGAAGGUGCACUGCAACAACAUGUUCUCGCGGGGGGUGAAAAUAUUCUCGGAGGUGUCCUGCGCCUUCAAGCCCCGCCUCGUGGCGGACUGGGAGCCGCAGCAAGCCGCGUUCCGCACUGUGCUGGACGACCGCAACCCCAGCGCCCGCUACGUGACUGUCCCCCUGGGACGGCGUGCCGCCAAGGCCCUCCGCUGCCGGUUCUGGUUCGCUGAUGCCUGGAUGAUGUUCAGCGAGAUCUCCUUUCAGUCUGCGGACACAGUGAUCCCCACUCCGGUCCCUCCACUAAUGACCACUUCCUGCCCCAAGAUGGAGACGGCCACCCCCACGCAAAGAAUGGAGACUACCGCUGCAAGCAAGGAUCCUACCGAAGACGGAAGCACCUCCAUCUUGAUUGGCUGCCUCGUCACAAUCAUCCUGUUGCUGGUGGUGAUAAUCUUCCUGAUCCUGUGGUGCCAGUAUGUGUGCAAAGUGCUGGAGAAGGCACCCCGUCGCAUCCUGGAGGAGGAAGUGACCGUUCGUCUCUCCUCCAGCAGCGACACCAUCAUCCUGCAGACCCCCCCUGUGCCCCCUCGGGCUUCACAGAUGGACCCCCCCUAUGAAAGGGUCUUCUUGUUGGACCCCCAAUACCAGGACCCCUCAGCACUGAGGCACAAGCUGCCCGAGCUGUCUCAGAGUGCAGAGGCAUCAGGGUGUGGAGGGGGCUAUGCUGAGCCAGAUGUGACUCAGUGCACCCCGCACCAGUGUUUCCAGAGCAGCGUUCCACACUACGCAGAGACCGACAUCGUCAACCUGCAGGGUGUGACCGGCAGCAAUAUGUAUGCUGUGCCUGCGCUAACAGUGGACUCGCUCACACGCAAGGACAUCUCUGUGGCCGAGUUCCCGCGGCAUCGGCUGCUCUUCUGUGAAAAGCUGGGUGAAGGCCAGUUUGGGGAGGUUCACCUUUGUGAGGCAGAAGGCCUCGCUGAGUUUUUGGGGGAGGGCGCCCCCUUACCAGAGCGAGAUGGGAAGCCGGUAUUGGUAGCAGUCAAGCAGCUGAGAGCAGAUGCUACCAACAAUGCCAGGAACGACUUCCUGAAAGAGAUCAAGAUCAUGUCGCGCCUCAACGACCCCAACAUCAUCCAGCUGCUGUGCGUGUGCGUCAGCUCGGACCCGCUCUGCAUGGUGACCGAGUACAUGGAGAACGGGGACCUCAACAUGUUCCUGUCGCAGAGGGAGAUCGAGAGCACCCUCACACACGCCAACAAUAUUCCCUCGGUCAGCUUGUCCGACCUCCUGCACAUGUCCGUGCAGAUAUCCUCGGGCAUGCGCUACCUGGCCUCCCUGAACUUCGUGCACCGAGACCUGGCCACGCGAAACUGCCUGCUGGACCGGCGUCUGACUAUCAAGAUAGCCGACUUCGGCAUGAGCCGCAACCUCUACAGCAGCGACUACUACCGCAUCCAGGGCCGCGCGGUGCUGCCCAUACGCUGGAUGGCCUGGGAGAGCAUUCUGCUGGGGAAGUUCACCACUGCAAGCGAUGUGUGGGCAUUCGGAGUGACACUGUGGGAGAUCUUCACCCUGUGCAAGGAGCAGCCUUACAGUCUACUGUCAGAUGAGCAGGUCAUCGAGAACACUGGCGAGUUCUUCAGGAACCAGGGCAGACAGAUCUUCCUCUCAGCUCCGCCACUCUGCCCUCCCUCUUUGUUUGAACUGAUGAUGCGCUGUUGGAGUCGUGACAUCAGGGACCGGCCCACCUUCGACCGUCUGCACCAGGCCCUGAGGCCACAUGCCUCCCAGUGAAUUCACGAGCCUCGGUCAACGGUCUCUAGCCCGAGGGGGAACUCUGGGUCAGGUCUCAGCCCUCCCUUAACCUCUCCUUUACCACUCCUUUCAGCACAUGGACAGAGACACUUCACAGUGAUGGUGCUUUGAGUGGACAAGCAAGAGAGUGAGAGGAAGGGAGACAAAACUGACAGAAAGGCGGGACUUCCUGACAGUGGAUAUCCACCUUCACCAUUCAUUGGUCUGCGAUUAUGACAAUGUUUUAUCUUUUUUUUGUUUUAAAUCCAUGGACGCGUGAAAGAAACUCCCUUGCUUUUCCCAUUUUUUGUGUUAAUGAGAUCCUUAAUCUGUCUUGAGAUUUUAUUUUCUUACCAUUCAGCUGUUACCGGUAGGAGCAUCAACAAGCCUGAAUGAAAGGUCUGAAACUCAGCAACUGGACUUCUGUGUCUGUAGGUCCUGUGGUUUUAUAUUGUAAAGCACUGCUGUUUUUAUUUUUUUUAUUAUAAUUAUGUGUCUAUGUUCCUUAUUAACCCCCACACUGGAGUUAGUAUUAUAAUUACUGUGUAUUUUAUUUAGUGUUUUGUUUUCUUUUGAACAUGAAUGUUAAACAGGUUAGUUUGUAUAAGGCCAGAUUUGACAUUGGACUUCUGGCUGAAGCAGAACUACUGUCAUAGCUAGAUUAGGGCCCUUUCCGAGGAAAGGGUUGAGGAGCCACAAUGGACUGAUGUGUGCAAUGGGCCUCAUUGUCUUUCCCCCCAGCACAGAUUGGGAUGGGCCACAACAUCCCCUCCAAUGCAGUCUGCAGCUGAUUGCACCAACCACCCCCCUCCCCAACUGUGUGCAGUGGGCAGUGCCAUCUACUCAUACUUGAAGACUGGCCUGCAUUCGCACUCACACCUGCUGACUGUUCUACAUUCACAUGUGUGUCUGACCUGUCUGCAGUGCUUGCUUUGGAUUCAGAUGCGACUGGGCACAUUGGUCCAAUUCCCUGAGCUGAGGGGCUCUGUAUUUUACAGUUUCUGGGUCCUUGUGGAAUUAGGGGUCAGGUAUAUUGUGGUUCAGAUAUUUUAGGGGAUCUUUUUUUGUGGGGGAUCCCUGUAGAUGGCACAUGCCCAUUGUGGGAGCAGAUUCUUGUGAAUAAUUAAUUAAUUGGGCUGAGAAUUGAAAUUGCAUUUUCUAGUUUGUGCCCCCUUUUUUCCUUUUCAUAUGAAUUUGUUAUUCUGAAGGUUUAGCCCUAUGCUGUUGCCAUUUAAUGCAUGCAUCCAAUGGGACGGACACAGGACCCGUGACAAGCGCAUGAGCACCACUGAAAUUAACGCACGACAUGGACUGUGGAUUAGACUAGAUCACAUCUCUCUUUUCCUUUUUUUAUGCUGUCGAUGUCAUUCGCAUUGUAACCUUUGUCAUUUGUCUUUACUGUAUUUGAUUUUAUUGCUGACUGUUUAAGGUACAUGCAGAGAGCCAAUGAGAGGCUGCUGGGAAGUUUGGCUUUCUCGAGCUGCAUUUGACAUUCCUUGUACUGGUAUUUCGACUGGGUGGAAGUGGUUGAGCUGGUAGUGAGGGUCUGAAUUUAGAGGCCCCAUUGUGCAAUACAAUCUGCAGGGGGAGGGAGGGGAAAGGGGGGGGUGGGUAAGGGAACCACUAAUCUCCAUCUCCCAGAAGUCUUUGCUGAAAUGAGCCUGUGUUUUUUUCUGUUAUCACUGAACAGGGGAUGUGUGUAUCUCAGCCUUUUAGGGUGAAGUGGAAGUGCAGCAGUAACGGGGAAUGGUGUGUGUAUAUGUGUGUGUAUGUGUGUGUGUAUGUGUGCGUGCGUGCGUGUAUGUGUUUGUGAGAGAGAGUGUGUGAGGGAGUGAGUAUAUGUGUGUGCGUGUGGCUGCACGAUAGCUGACUCAGUGGUGGUAACUUUCAUAGAGUUAGAAAUAGGGACAGGUCUUGAUGUAGAAACACUCUCUGAUCUCUCUCUCCCAGUUGCUAUUUUAACCUAUAAUCUCUUAUUUGACUUGUGUGGCCGUCAUGUACAUAGUAUAGUCAGAGUAGAUUUGUACAGUAAUAUAUUGGGAGUUUAGGAGGACAUUCUUGCACCAUGGCAUUUUCUUACAUUUUCCCCUUUCAUGAAAGCCAAUCAUUAAACCAAACAAGAUCUCCAUUGCAUUGAUCCUUGUCUGUUAUUCAGUGGACCAAUAGUCCUUUCCAAGUUAUUGUA